AUUGAUUUACUUGUGACUGACUGACUGUCUGUCUGUUGACGGUUGAUCUAUCCGUCUCUUCUGUUGUGUGCUGUCUAUAUAUCAUAUCCACACCGUCACUUCCCCUUCCCGUACAGUACAACAUAACCAAAACACCUUUCUUCUCUCCCUCCAAACUCCUCUGCAACAGUGCUCACCAGCAAUGAUGGACUCGUCGCUGGAUUCUCCUUCAUAUCCGGGCAAUCGGAUCGUCGCCUAUCUGGAGACCUUGGUCAAAUCUAAGUCAUAUCUGCCUUACGGACUUCCCGUCUGCGUCUCGCCUUCGCAUACCGUCACCAACACCGACACUCUCCUGCACCUAGCCACUUUAGUUGGCCCGCAUAUUGCUAUUCUACAAGUCUAUGCAGACAUCAUUGAUGACUGGUCGGAGGAGACGGUUCGCCAAUUGGUUGCCCUAGCGAGGAGACAUGGCUUCUUGAUCUGGGAGGGCGGUCGGAUCUUGAAUUCCACAGUGGACAUUGUAGGUGGACAGAAAGCAGAGACGAGAGAGGUGCGGAAUGAGACUGUUGAUAUGAUUCGCAAGAAGUAUACGAAGGGUAUCAUCAAGCCGGCCUCGUGGGCUGGCCUUUCGACAGCGUGGGCCUCCGGCGUGGCUGUGUAUAACCAGGAAGCCGACAUUCUGAUUCCUACUUUGAAGGCGGCCGCCCGCGAGGCAGUAGCAGAUGCAGCUCAGACCAUUCGUACCGAAAUCACAGCAGACAAUAACGCCAACCAUCACUCUUUCAGCGACCAUGACGCAAAUGCGACAUCGCAGCACCUCUCCGAGUACGCCGUUGACAACACUAGCGGCCUCGACCUUCCUCCUCGCAAAGCUUCCACCAUCUCCUUGACUCAAACCAUCACUCAACACACCGAAGACUCCACCGAGCUACCUUUGGAAUCUCCGCAAUACGAGCGACGUGGUUUUGAAUUCCGGUCCUUGAGCCCCGCGACCAUCCCUGAGGACUUCCCGCCCCCACCACUCAUGGCUCGUGGGUUAGUCUUGUGUCUACCAUCCUCCACGGCCAGUUCCUUCACCAAUGAUUACCGCCAAAGUUGCGUGGCUGCUGCCCGCGCCAAUCAAGAUUUCGUGGCUGGAUUCGUGUGUGGAGAGCCGUGGCACCUGGUCUCUCAAAGAAAGGACUUGUUUGGUGCGGGCGUCUCCGGCUACGGUGAAGAGCAGCAGCAACUGAGUCCAUACUCGUCAGAUGAUGACGAAGCGGUCCCUCAUUUUGCUUUGGUGUCGCCUAUCUCCCGUCGCCUCAGUGUAGUGAGUGGUCAAGGGCUGGAUGAGGUUGACGAAGACGAAGAAGAAGAGCACCAGCAGAAUGGCAUUCCCAUGCCUGAACCACCACUCCCUCUGGAUUCCCUCAACCCGCUAGCCUCCAAAUUGUUUCAGAUCACUGGUAAAGCACUGCAGCUUCGCGAAACAACCGCCCAGGAACGUGGCAACCUGCAGCUGAAGGCAGAUACAGAUAAGAGCUACCAAAUAUUGCACAUUCCUUUGGUUGUUCUGCCUUGAGGGCGUACACUCCACCAUGCUGUUUCCACAAUUUUCGUUAUCAAUUCCGUGUUCCAUUUCACAUAUCUUUCUCCUGGACAUUUACCAAAUAAUCUACCUUUCCUUCACUUCUCGUCCUUAUACAUACAUUACCACCAUCACUUUUCUUGUUGGCAUCACUAUCGCACCUAUGGAUUAUGGAGUUGAGCGCCCUGAAAAUCAUGCUGUUACCGGUCUUUCCUUUGCAUUUAUCCUGUGGCACAUUACCAGAAGCAUAAUCACCUAUCUAUCAGACCUAUCUAUCCGAAAUCAGUCACAUGUUACAAUAGACGAAUAAGAUGUACUAUCAAUCUUGUGGAUGUCG